AAUGAAACCCCCACUGAAGUCCGUAGGUUCACGAUACAACCCCCCGCUGCUCAACUCAGAGAAAAGACUGAAGAACAUACAGAAGACUAUGAGACAACACUUCCAGAGACAAGUCAGAGUCUUUCUGAAACUCAAUUAUUACACAGGGCUGCAGACAUAUUGAGGAAAAGCAUGGAGCAGGUAGAGCAUGACAGUAAAUCAUAUGUCAGCAGUGAUCGUCUAUCACGUUGUCAAUGCAGCAAGUAUGUACCAAACACCCUGUAUGAUUUUGUGAACUGGUGUGUUGAUUCACGUGCCCACAGAGGUUACCAAACAUGUGAUGAUGACCCAGCUUCGAAGGACAAUCUGUGUGUGAUAGCAAUCUGUCAUGAUCUCAUUGGGCAGAGCCGUCACAUCCAUACGCCAAUCACACUGGGACUCGCCAUUUUGAUUCAUCAUGAGUUUGGUAGUAAGACACUCAUCGAUGAGCUCAGUGCAAUGGGGCACUGUGUUUCCUAUACAGAGGUUAGGCAUUUCCUCACAUCUGUGGCAGCAGACCAGAUAUCAAGGACAGAAAGAGGUGUCUACAUCCCAACAGGCCUCACUGGAGUCGCUGAACAUGGAAUUGUUGAUGCAGCCAUCGACAACUUUGACCAAAAUGAAGAUACCCUGGAUGGGAAGCAUACAACUCAUGCUAUGGCUUCUGUUGUGUUCCGAAGAGGCCAAGUCUCCACAGCAGAUACAUGCCUAGCACGGGUUCCAGAGAGGUCCCUCACCACCUUAAACACAUUCGACCUGAAUGGAGAUACACUUCACAGAUACAUCAAAUCAACAAAGCGACCAGAACCACCUGAAUUUCCUGAGUUACUAAACACAAACACAACAGUCUCUAAAGCAGCUGAAGACAGAGAUCUGGUAUGGAAGCUGUCCCGAAAUGUAAUUGAGAAUCAGCAGCAUGUCCCUUCAUGGUCUGCAUUCAAUGCCUUCACGUCAGACACUGCUUGUUCAGUAGCCAGUGUACUCUACAUGCCCUUCAUAAGAGAAUCACCCUCAGAAUUGUCCACCAUCUAUACAUCUUUGAUAAGACUUGUACAGCUUGCUGCAGACCUGGGACAGGACCAUAUUCUUGUGACUGCAGACCUUGCUAUUUAUAGUAAAGCACAACAGAUAAUGUGGAGCAAACCACUUCCUUUACAAGGAAAGAUCACAAUGAGACUGGGAGGUAUGCAUAUCACGAUGGCUUACCUGGCAAGCAUCGGAAAGCUGUAUGGCGAUGGUGGACUCUUUGACAUACUUACUGAGUCAGAUGUGUAUGCAGAGGGAACAGCUAGACAGAUGCUUCAAGGGAAACGGCUGGCAAGAGGAGUAAGGAGCAUAAAGCUAGCCUCUGAGGCUCUGUUCAGGCUCUUCUGGAAAGCUAUGCAAUCAUGGCUUGAAAAACAAGGCCAAUGUGCAAUGACUGAAGAACAAGAGCAACUCCUACGAGAUGUAAAGCAUGCAUUUCAUGGUAAUGACAAGGCCACUGCUCAACAGUUCAUCUGUGAGGUGGAGACUGAACUCCAUGAGAUUCAGAAGAAAAUCCAGAAGUUCACAAAUGAGGGAGUUAAGCAAUCAGCAACAUUUGGAUACUGGAUAAUGUUCCUAAAUGGUGCUGAUCUGUUGCUACGGAUCCUUCGCUCAGAACGCGAAGCUGACUUUCAACUUCACCUGAAUUGCAUGUGUGAAGUUAUGCCUUGGUUCAGAGCUGCUGGAAGGACCAAUUAUUCCAAUUACAUGCCUGUCUAUGUUGCAGAAAUGAAAGCUCUUGAACAUGAACAACCAGAAGCAUACACAUUCAUGCAGCAAGGUGGGUUUGUUGUUCGCCGGUCUGAGCAUCGAAGCUUCAACUGUGUGGCAUCUGAUCAGGCACUGAAGCAAACCAUUAAUCGUGAAGGCAAGAGUCAGGGUGGAGUUGUUGGUUUUACAUUGCGAAAGGGAGCUCUCACAAGAUGGCUGAUGACAAGACAUGUGACCACAGCAUAUGUGGAUGCCAUGAAAGAGCUUUGUGACACUGAUGCAAAGGGCCAAAAAGUACACCAGGAGCAUGGAGCAUCCAGAACGGAAAGAGACGAGAGAGACAUACAGAAGAUAAUGGAAGCUGUGGAGCAGAGACAGAAUCCUUUUGAUCUUGAAAGCAUUCCUGAGGAAUUGAUCAAUAUUGCAAGUGGUCAGGUUGCAUCUGAGAAGGUUGCAAAAGGGCUCUCAAGCUUCCUCCAAGAUGGUGCAAAGCAGAAUGCCGUCUUUAUUGAAGAACGUCUGGCAAAAUCAAAAAGAACAAAGAGCUUCUGGGAGCCUGAGAAAAGAAACCAGUGUGCAACCUUCAAGGAUAUGAAAACAUCAUUUGGAGUCCAGUCUAGACAGGUUCACAUGGACUCAGAUGUGCUCUUUCGAAGGUUACUGGCUGUUUCCAAGCAGCGAGAGGUGUCCAUGGAAACUGUGAUGUCUCAUGAACUCGCAGCUGUCCCGCCCUCUUUGUUUUAUGAUGAUGGAAGCAUGAGGAAGACAACUAAAGCUGACCUUGCCAAGAAACUGGAGGCUGUUGUUGAAGAGUCACAGCAGCUGCCAAAUGUUGACGUACCAUCAGCAUACAUCAUCGAUGGCAUGGCUCUUAUACAGACUCUCCAUGAUUCAGCCUUUCAAACAUUCAACGACCUGGCCGAGUGUGUCUGGAAAAAGAUCACAAUGUUAAUGGGAAAGGAAGGCAUCAGCUGUGUUGUUGUAGUGUUUGACAGAUAUGACCAUCAACACUCAGUCAAAGAUCUAGAGAGGCAAAGAAGAGGCACCAUUCAAACCACACGAACACAUAUCAUCACAGGACAAGCAAGUGUUCCAAACUAUAGGAAAUACCUUAAGAUAAGUGGAAACAAGGCUGCUCUAUGUAGCUUUGUGAGUAACUACAUCACAAGUACUGGGCCGAUGAGACUCUCUUCAGAGAACACAGUUAUCUUGGCUGGUGGAUUUGAUAAUGGUGAGGAAGUAAAGAGGGUUAGGAAGUCAGGCAUCGACAAUUUGACAGAGCUUUAAAGUGACCAGGAGGAGGCAGAUACGAGACUGGUGUUACAUGCAAUACACCUUGCAAGGUCACAUUCUCGUCUAAUAGUCAAAUGUGAUGACACAGAUGUGCUGGUUUUGCUGAUCUACUAUACAAGCAAAGGAAUGUUUGGAUCCUCUGCAGUUUUCAUGCACUCUGGACAUGGCCUGAAGGAAAGAUUCAUCCCAGUCUGUUCAAUCACUCAGAAGCUUGGACCGGUUCUUUGUGAUUGUUUGCCUGCAUGCCAUGCCCUCACAGGUUGCGAUACAACAAGCAGCUUAUACAGAAUUGGGAAGACCACUGCCUUCACAAGACUGAAGUCCCAUCUGAGUGAGCUGAAGGAAAUGACUAAGUUUGGACUUUCUGGAAGCCUGCAAGAAGCUUUGCCUGUGGCAAGAAAAUAUGCCCUGCUCCUGUAUGGCCAAAAGAAAAGGGUGGAUGGACAUCUUUGCACCAAUCUGGAUGAGCUGAGGUACACACUUGCAUCUACCACAGAUGCAUCUGCAGCAAAUCUACCUCCAACAGAAGAUGCCUUCCAGCAACAUGUGUUGAGAGCCUUGUAUCAAACAGCAGUGUGGCGUCACAGCCACCUGGCCAGGCCUCAUCUCUGGAACCCAGUUGGUAGAGGAUGGAAGCUCAGAGAAGAUGGGUCCAUUGAACCUGUGAUGUUCCAGAAGGAACCAGCACCUAAAGAAGUCAGAGACAUCACCCAUAUGUACUGUAAAGAUGGAAAAUGCAAUGAUACCACCAAAUGCCAGUGUCUUGCAGUGGGAUUGACUUGCACUGAGUUUUGCUCUUGCUCUUUUCCAGACUGUCCAAAUGUGACUCAUUUUGUCACUGAUGAUGAUGUGGAUGAGUGACAAUGAAAUGUUAUAGUUUAAGUAAUAGUUUUAUUAAAAGGCUCAUCAAUGCCAAACUGCAAUCCUGACUCCUGGUCUCCUGUGUGUGCUAUUGCCAGGCCCUAAGCCAUAACUAGACUCGCCUCAGAUAGGACACUACAGCACAUUGCAAUGCAAUGAGUUCUUUCAUUUGGGACAGCUAAAACAUCUAAUUAUGAAUGGUUGCAUGGUUUAUUUUAUAUUAUAUAUAUAAUAUAUUUAUAUUAUAUUUUUAUAUUUGGUUGGCUGGAUUUAGCGCAAUGACAUCCUUCCAACAAGCCAUUUUAUGAGUUUAGUCACUGUAAACGUGUCAUCUUUCAAUUUCAGUCUUUGUUUCCAUAUGAACUGUAUAGAUAUAUACAGUAUAUAUACAAUGUGCUAUAUUAUUUGUGUCAUUAUUAAAUGUGUAGUAUAGAGCAGCACUAACCUCUUACUUAAUUUGCAAUUUGCAGCUUUGGACUUUUAUAUCAGAGUUUCAUUUUCUUUCAUUUUGGACACCUCAUACAUUGAGUGACAUACCAUCUUUAUUGUUCAUACCAUAUAUACAUAUUUGGUAUUGCUGGAUUCAGCACAAUCCCACCUUUCCAACAAGCCAUCUUAUGUGUUCCUAUGAUAAUGCCUGGCAAAGCAACUACAAAGUAAAUGAUAACAUUCUGCAUAGAAAUCAUUUUUUUCACUGUCCGCUUAUUUUAGGUAUGUGUUUAUAGGUCUCCAUCUACUUCAUACAUCAAGAUAUUCACAUCCAGCUUUUUCCAGUAGGUGCAUUGACUCCCUGGCUACAAACUUGCCAAGUCUCAAAGCUCUCAGAGCUUGUGUUAUCAUUCUGCAUUAGUUUAUAUGUCUUAACUCCCAUACGGACAGGCUAUAUUUUAGGCCUUUUUUUGUUUGGAGGUAUAUAACAAUAUCUGUCAAUUUCACAAUCUUAGCAGUAAAAAUAUUUUAGCCAAGAAUCACUUUCAUGUAUGGGAGACCUUAGAGAUGAGGAAAAACAUUGUUGGGUUUAGUUCUACCUCCGGUAGGGGUAUCUCAGAAUUUGGGGGGCAUUGUCACUAGCCUAUUCCUGAAUAUGUCUCCUCGGAAACCUAAACACACAUCCACUCUCAUUUCACUCGACCAACUUGUUGCUAAAUAACUUACAUACUUUCACAAGAUAUCAACUCAUCUAUCAAGGCAUUGAACAAAUAAAACAAAAAACAUUUUUGAUGCCAUGACAUCCGAAGUUUGUAGCAAGGCCUGCAGUGAAAUUUGAAACU